AUCGAUCUGCUUCCUUGAUACACAAUGUUGACAAGUUACACGGGCUUUUUACGAUAUUUUGGAAGCUAUGGUUUCUGCAACCUCUCCUGUACAGAUGAUCUUCUUCCCUUUUGUGGGAGGAGGCCAUCAGAUCCCCAUGAUCGACACCGCAAUAGCUUUCGCAUCUCAUGGCGGAGCCAACUCCAUCAUCAUCACCACCCUCUCUAACUCCCUUCAGUUCCACAAAUCCAUCUUUCGACACCAACAAUCCGGCCUUCCCAUCAGUAUUCUUACUCUGCCUCCCAACGUUGAAGUCUCCGACGUCGACAUGUCCGCUGGCCCCGCCACAGACACCUCUGUCCUCCAACAACCUCUCCGACAACUCCUCGAGGAUCUCCGUCCUGAUGCUAUCGUCGUCGACAUGUUCCAUCGCUGGUCUGCCGAUGUCAUCGACGAGCUCCGAAUCCCAAGGAUCGUCUUCCACGGCAGUGGGUGUUUCUCUCGCUGUGUCUUCCACAACGUUACAAACUAUGGUCCGCAUGAGAAACUGGGUUCCGAUUUAGAGCCCUUUGUAGUUCCGGGUCUCCCCGACCCGAUUGAACUGACGAGGUCGCAGCUUCCGCCAUUUAUCAAAGACCCAUCUCAAGGAUUCGGUCGGAGGAAGAAAGCAGAGGAGAAUAGUUUCGGGACCGUGACAAACAGCUUCUACGAUUUGGAACCCACUUAUGCUGAUUACCUUAGAAAUGUUAUAAAGACGAGAGUAUGGCUCGUAGGACCUGUAUCUCUGUGUAACAAAAACACAGAGGAUAAAACAGAGAGAGGAAAGAUUCCUACAAUUGACGAACAAUCCUGUUUGAAUUGGCUGAAUUCAAAAGAACCCAAGUCAGUUCUGUACAUCAGCUUCGGGAGUUUAGCUCGAUUGCCCCGAGAACAGCUCAAGGAAAUUGCAUAUGCACUUGAAUCUUGCGAUCAACCAUUCAUUUGGGUUAUAGGGAAAAUCUUCAAAUCCUCCGAAACAGAGGAAGAGGGUGAAUACAAUUGGCUCCCAGAUGGGUUCGAACAGAGAAUGAAAGAAACGAACAGAGGUUUGAUCAUAAGGGGUUGGGCUCCACAGCUUUUGAUACUAGAACAUAAAUCAGUGGGGGGAUUUAUGACACAUUGUGGGUGGAAUUCGACGUUGGAAGGGUUGAGUUCGGGGGUUCCCAUGAUAACGUGGCCGUUAUCGGCGGAGCAAUUUACGAACGAGAAGCUGGUCACUAGGGUUUUGAAGGUUGGAGCGGAGGUGGGAAGUCGAGAGUGGGUUUCAUGGCAGGAUGAACGGAGAGAGCUAGUGAGGAGAGAUAAAAUGGAGAAGGCGGUGAAGAAAGUGAUGACUAAGAGUGAAGAAGCAGAGGAGAUGAGAGAGAGAAUCAGAGACAUUGCAGCCAAAGCAAGAAGAGCUGUCGAUGAAGGAGGCACUUCUUACGCGGAUAUUGAUGCAUUGAUCCAUGAACUUACAAGUCGCCGCCAAACUUGUUUUAAAGCAAAUUAGUAUAGUUGUUAUUAACCUUUUUUUCCUUUCUGGGGAAUUAUGCUUGUAAAGAUCCAUCUUCCAGCAGUCCUUGGAAGUUGGAACACACAACUACAUAACAAUUUCGA